AGGCCGCUGGAGUUUUUAAUCGUUUUUAGCAUUAAAAACUCCCACAUUUCAGACAAAACAGUAUAGGGCCAUUUUGGGAAAUUAAGCACCUUUUUUAAUGGAAGCUGAGGUGAAAACCUGCUGAGGGGGAGCAGAGGAUUCCGCCAAGAAGAGGAAAUCUCGGUAGAAAGUCAGGAGAAACGCUUGGAGGGAAGAAGUUAAAGCUCUCCAUGCAUUCUGGGUCUCAGAGGUGACUGAAGCAUCUGUCAGGAUGACUGAACGUCGAUAGAGCGGUGCAGGAGGAAGAGGAGGAAGAGGAGGAUCCACCAGGACUGAUGGCUCGGAGACGACCAAAGUGGCAUUUCCUCACCAUCGACAUCAUUCAGCGUUGAGGUUUGCAAAGCAGCAAGAUUUCAGGUGAUGUUGUGAAGAAACUCGGCGGAGCGAUGCAGGCGGAGAAAUAUGAGCCCCCAGCUUCCUGGCCCAUCGGGAUGGAGUGGCGACCUCGCACCACUAGGGGCGCCAGCGGCCGCGCUCCAUGUUACCGUGGACAGUGCGCAUGCUCACUGAGUGUUGUUGGAGUCAGCUGGUGGUUCUCAGUUCGGCUGAAACAUCAAUGGAAACGAAGCCACAACCGAGCGGAUAGACGUCUUUCACAGAAUCGACACGCUCGGAUGGAGCCGGAGGACCAGGAGGAGGAGGAGGAGGCGGCCGCCAUGCUGUGGUCCAUCCAGGAGGCUGAGGAGAGGCAGACCCAGCAGAUCGGAGCCUCGGCCUGCGGGGCCACGGCGGUGGUGGACGUCCUGAAGGCCCUCGGACUGGAUGUGACCCCGGAAGAAGCGGAGCGCUGCGUCCAGACCCGCCUGAGGAGGAUCGAGGCUCCGCUGCCAGACUACCUGCUCUCCCGCAGCGAAGCUGGUGCGACUCACGCCCAGCUGAUCCGAGGCGCCCGGGAGGCCAGCGGCGGGAAGGCCGUCGGCCGCUUCUUCCACCUUCAUCCGCGGCGGAGCGUCAGGUUGGUUCCGUGGCUCGCACGCUGGAUCAAGAAGGGCGCCGUUCCCGUGGCGACCAUGAACAUGCAGGUGGGCGUGGCCGACGGCGAGGAGGUUCCCGACGCCUGGCACCAUCAGCUCAUAUUUGGAGCGGCACCCGGAGCCGUGUUCACGACCAACCCUUUGGAUGUGGUCGGUGAGGUCGAAGUUCACCAGCGACUCUGCAGCGACUCGGUGCUGCUGGUCCGUCGGGACGACGUUCUGCAGAGGUUGACGUCUGGCGGUCUGCUCUCUGACCUCUCCCAGAUCCAGGGCGACCCGCGCUGGCGGCAGCUGGACGUGGAGGGUCAAGUGAGGCAGAUGCUGUUGGAGGAAGAGCUGGAGGACGGGCCCAGGACGGCUCACGUCAGGAUCCCCGCGGCGUACAGUUCAGGGGUCACGCUGUUUGGGCCGACGGGUUCAGACGUGGCUCAGCAGAUCCUGCAGGCUCCUGAACUUCCUUUGCUGUGACGACAGAAAAGCCGAGCGGAGAAACUGUGGAACGGAGAGCAGCUCUGUGACGAUUCUCCUCCAGUUGAUUUCUUUCAGAAGCAAUAAAAGCCUGAACUCUGUCCCAGAUACGAGAAAUAAAGAGUUUUUCAUCUUGGCUUCA